AUGUGCGCGGAACUGGACAGGGUAAUGUGUGCGGAACUGGACAGGGUAAUGUGUGCGGAACUGGACAGGGUAAUGUGUGCGGAACUGGACAGGGUAAUGUGUGCGGAACUGGACAGGGUAAUGUGUGCGUACCCCUUCCCUACUCCCUCCACUUCCGCCUUCCUCCCCCUCUCUUUCCCCUCGAACCCCCUCCCCCUUCUCCGCCUCAUUUCCCCCCUCUCCCGCUCCCUCCCCCUUCUCUCUCCCCCCGUCCCCCCCAUCUCCCCCAAUUCCCCCCCGCCAGUGCCAGGAUCCGCGCUGGACGCGGUGGUGAGUGCGCCCAACCCUCACCUCUGCACCCCCACCCUUUUUUUCCCCCGAUUCCCUCCUCAAUCCCCCCCCUUUCCCCUCUUCCCCUGCUCGCCCCAACCGCCUCACCCGCUACCAGGAUCCGCGCUGGAAAAGGCAGUGAGCACAUCGACCAUCGGAGCGACUGACGAUGAUUUG